UUCUAGCUUCUGGAGUUUUCCAUGGAGACAGAUAACGGUGACACGAGGUCUAGGAAAAUGGAAGAUUAUGAAGUGAUUGAGCAAAUUGGCAGGGGAGCAUUUGGUUCCGCUUUUCUCGUUCUUCACAAGUCUGAGAAAAAGAGGUAUGUGUUGAAAAAGAUUCGCUUGGCCAAGCAGACAGAGAAGUUCAAACGUACAGCACACCAAGAGAUGAACCUGAUUGCAAAACUAAAUAACCCAUACAUUGUGGAGUACAAAGAUGCUUGGGUGGAGAAGGAGGACCAUAUAUGUAUUAUAACUGGCUAUUGUGAAGGAGGUGACGUGGCUGAGAACAUAAAGAAAGCUCGAGGAUCAUUUUUUCCUGAGGAGAAGGUCUGCAAAUGGUUGACUCAGUUGUUGAUAGCUGUGGACUACUUGCACUCUAAUCGUGUAAUCCACAGAGAUCUUAAGUGUUCCAACAUAUUCCUCACCAAAGACAACAACAUUCGGCUUGGUGACUUUGGUCUUGCAAAGCGACUUAAUACGGAAGACCUUGCUUCCUCGGUUGUAGGAACUCCAAAUUACAUGUGUCCUGAGCUCCUCGCUGAUAUACCCUAUGGUUAUAAAUCUGAUAUGUGGUCUCUUGGUUGCUGCAUGUUUGAGAUUACUGCACAUCAGCCAGCAUUUCGUGCUCCGGACAUGACUGGACUUAUCAAUAAAAUAAACAGAUCCUGCAUUUCUCCACUGCCAAUUGUUUAUUCUUCCACACUGAAACAAAUUAUCAAGAGCAUGCUGAGGAAAAACCCAGAACAUAGGCCAACAGCAGCCGAAUUGUUAAGGCAUCCGCAUUUACAACCUUAUGUUCUUCGCUGUCAUAAUGCAUCAUCUAAUGUUCUUCCAAUAUAUCCUAUAGUUAAUUUAAAGGAUAAAACAAGAAAAUCUUAUAAAUCUAGUGGUGGUAAGGACCAUAGGGACAAAAAAGCAGGAUUAGUAAAUCAUUUGGAACGGGUUCAUCCAAUUGAGGGAAAUGGAGAUGUACAGCCGAGCAAUCUUCCUAAGGAUGGCAAGGUUACAGUCUCAGCCUGUGCAGAAGAUCACCUUGAGACAAAGAUGGUUGAUCUUACCAGCUACAUAGUGGAAUCUUCUACUAGUAUUAGUGGCUCAAAAGAUGGGUCAACAACAUCUGAAUCAACUAUUUGCAGUGCGUGCAAGGAGGACUUUAAAAGUAGACAUGCAAGGGAAACAGCUGACAGUGAGAUCACUUCGAAGAGUACGCAAGAUUCUGUGCAUGAAGAACAAGGAUUUUCUGCUGAACAUUUUAAGAAAUUAGAAGGGGUUGACAUAAAUGCAGUGACCACAGAAGUUGAAGAUGCUUUUUCCAAUGAAGGUUUUGAUAAUGCUGAAGCUCAGAGGGAAGAUGGCAAAAUUGAGGACUCAAGUAAAUCAACAACGACCAGUGCAGACAGUAGUAGCACUGAUAAAGAUAAGUCCAUUAAUGAGGAAAGGCCAUCACUAAUUGUGCAUCCUAUAUUGGUUGAACAUGAAACUGAAUCUGGAAACUGCUCAAAGAAAAUUGAAAACCCUGAUGCAUUUAAAGAAGGCUCACAUAUGAACUGCUUGUCAUCUGAAAGUAAUAAUACACUUCCAGUUAAGGAUGAUGAUAGAGCAAAAUCACACAGUAUUUGUUCAACGCAUAAAGAAGAUGAUAAUGCAGUUGAGGAUGAUAAGACACCGACUGACAUUUCAUUCAGUGCACCUACUGAAAAAGGUGGUGAUGAAACAAUCAAGACGGUGUUGAAUAGUCCUUGCCAGCAAAGAGCUGAUGCUCUUGAAUCUCUACUUGAGUUAUGUGCUCAGCUACUUAAGCAAGAUAAACUUGAAGAGCUUGCAGGGGUGCUAAGACCUUUUGGAAAAGAAGCUGUCUCAUCCAGGGAAACAGCAAUAUGGCUCACAAAGAGCCUCUUAUCCGCCCAAAAAUUUAAUCCUGAAACCUAGUUCAUAAGUUAAUUUAUACAUUAUUGUGAGAAAUGUGUAUUUCAAAAUGUCACAUAAGUUUCUUCCUUCUUGAUUGUUGCUUGCUUGAAGAUUGGAUACUGGAAAAUAGCAUGUCACAUAUUC